AUGCCAAAAACAACCGCGUGUUUAAGAAAUCCAUCGAUAAAAUUAUCGAUGAGUAAAACUAUAUUGAAUAAUCGUUCAUCAUCAGAAUUAAUAAUAUUAAAUGAUCAACCGUCAAGAAAAAGACGCAUUAAUUCUGAAGAAGUCAACAUCGUAGCCAAGAAAAAAAUCAAGCAUUCUACUGAUAUCACAUCACAUUGGAAAAAUAUUCAUUCCAAAUAUGAAAAUAAUGCAAUGAAAACAUUUGAAUGUAAAUCAAAAAAUGAUUAUCUAAUUAUAAACGAUCCACUUGGUGAUCGAUCACGUUUUAUUAUAGCAAAAUCAAGUCAUUAUUGGCUUAACGAAUCGAUACGUCUUGUACAACAACAUGUUGAAUAUGGAACAACAUUUCAUGCAGCUAUCUGUGGAGAAAUACUUGAAAUUGAACGAAAUCUUAAAGCAUUAAAAUUAAAUGUUGAUAAAAAUGGUAUUAAAAAAACAUUUUUCUAUCGAGCUGAAGGUCUUCUCAAUUUUAUUCGUCUAUGCUGUACAUUUUUUGACAAUCCACUAGAGAAAUGUCAUCGACGUUUACAUGCAUUAUUUAAUCUAUGUGCGAAUUGUUGGUUAUAUAUGUUGGAUAUAAUGUUACCAAUGUCUAUUGUACGCGUAGAAAAAAGUUUCAUAUUUGAUGAUGAUCACGGUGAUUUUGAAAAUGAUUCAAUACUUCGACAUUAUCUGAAAGAUGAUCAGCUAAAAAUAAAAAAAGCACAUAGUGAAUUACCGAAUUUACGUCAUAUACUAUAUACGAUUAUUUUAAUUAUUGAUAAAUUAUAUAAAAUGCAUUUAGUUGAUCGAAUCUAUCUUGAAAGAUUUCAGAUGAUUUAUGAAAUUUGGAUUCUAAUUGAUAAUGAAAUUAAUUCGCGUGAAAAAAUUAGUUCUACAAUUAAUUUUAAGAAAACAGCUAAAAUUACAAAUGAAAAUCAAACGAAAAAAAUUUCAUGGAAUUUUCUUGGCGAAUGUGAUAAAUAUGAAAGAAUCUUUGGAACAUUUACUACUAAUAUUAAGUAA